GUUUCUUCUUUGAUUUUCUUCACUUUCACAUCCUCCUUUUCUUUGUUGUCAUUUGAAGAUUUUUAGGUUAGAGUUUUAUUUAUAAACAAAAACGUUUUAUAAAGAUCUGUGCAUGUGUUCAGACUGGAAAUAAUGUCUGCCCACAUAAUUUGUGUAACAGGCAGCGGUCUACCACUGUUAAGCAGGAAAAAGGGCAAUUCUGAAAGCCUUCCGUUUGCGACAAUAGGCUCUUUAAACGGCUUGUACAUGUUUGGAAAACCGUUCAACGUGAAACUCCUCAACUGCAGCACAAACGAUUAUGUUUCUUGCUGGAGAGAAUUUGAAGAUAGCAUCGUGAUCAUUGGAAUUGCGAGUGGUUGUUCUUUGGAUGUCCUCAAUUCGCUUCUGGACAUCAUUUUCGAUGCUAUCGUUCUUAUCGUUGGAAUUGACGAAGUAAAACAACAGAGAAAUGUUGAGAGACUCAAGAGAGAAUUUAGGGUGAUUUACCCGGUGAUCGACAGGUUGUUGGAUUCUCUGGACUGUGGAGAAACUGGUAACAAGCAUGCUUCAGACAUCUUGGGCUACUCUGAAGUUAUAUCAUGCCCAGAAAACAACAUGAUAAAGAUCGUCCUGGACUCCUAUACAAAAUGUGUGGACUCAAUGUACAGUUGCGUCAUCAUCUCUGAAAAAAUAGCAGUGGCAACAGAAAGUUGGUGGUCGCUUCAUCCCAAUGAAAUAAAGCUUUUAACAUUGCUUGCAGUCGCAGAUAAUCUCACAACUGCGAAAGAUGUUCCUGUAUUUCUACCAUACAAAAGCGCAAAGGUCGCAUUCCGAUUUGUGGUCUGUACAUUGAUGCCAGACGUGAUGCUGUGUUGUUUAUGUGGUUCAACGCCGGCUUUGAACGACAUAAAACAUUUUGCUAUGCAGUGCUUCAGAAACUCAACGUCGAUGCUCGGCGCUGUAGUAAAUUCGAGUCCGCGGAGUUUUCCUUCGAGUUGGAACAUAGGAAGCAGCAUAUUGAGUUUGUUGCUGGUGAAUAUACCGUCCAAGAAGUACACAAUACAAUAUCCCCAACAAAACUGCAAGAAAACCACGGCCAGCUCGCACAGAUUGGAAAUUCUGCGGUCUUUUUUAUACAGAACUGUCGACCAGUACAUGGUGAAGCUGUCUGAAAAUUCAAAAGAUGGAAAUGCGAACGACGAUAACGAAAACUUGAACACUGCGUUUGAAUCCUAUUGGUGUUCGGAAUAUCACAAAUGUUACGCGAUCAAGUUUAACGAUCAUAUUCUGUGUAUUUUGUUCAACGCUUCUCCUACAACUCAUGUGAUGAGAUUGACAGUUCAGAAGUGUUUUAAGACCAUUUUUUCUGAUAAACAGUUGUGUUGGUGAUAAAUCUUCGCUCAAAUACAGCAUACUGUUGAGCACCUUCAUGAACAAUAUGUUAAUAAACGAUAAAAUUUUCUAUUUUAUACAUAUUUUUUAUAUCCAUAUUUUAUUUCCAGUGUAUAUUGAUGAUGAAUAAAGUUC